UCACUAUUAUUACAAACAGCAGCAGCAGUUUUUUUUAGCUUGCGCAGCGCCUAAAACUUUAAACUAAAUAAGUUUCGCAUUAACUUUGAGCUUGGAACGCCGCGUAACAAAGCUAGUACACUAAUGUCCAUAACCUUACUGCGAGGUGGCAAGCAAAAGACAACCACUUGCGUAGGAAUGACCGUAAUGGCCAAGACUACGAUCGAAGAAAUAUGCGAGAAUGCCAAAUUAGCGAGGGACAUGGCUCUGACGGGCAACUACGACUCCGCAUGCAUCUACUAUGAGGGUCUCCAGGGACUGCUUGCCCGCCAGCUCAAGGCCACCGCGGAUCCUCUGCGCAAGGGCAAGUGGAACAUGAUCAACCAGCAAAUCAGUCAAGAACACGCCAAAAUCAAGGCCAUCCAGCGAACUCUGCAGGACAUCUCACUCGAUCUGCAGACCACCAAGUUCGCCCACAAGCUGCGACACCAGCUCAGUGAGGAGAGCACCACCAGCAAAGAUCCCUCCUCUUGGUUUAAGCCAGACCCCGAUAUAUGGACGCCACCGCCCAAAGAUCCCGAUGUGUGGGGUCCACCGAAACCACCAGCACCCGCCCCCACCACACAGGCCGUGGGUCGACGAGCAGCACCGAACAAUCGACGCACCACCACGGCAGCGCAGAGCAGCCGACCCAGCAGCACAAUCCCACAGAGCACGUCCCGCAAUGGUGUCUCCGCGGGCCGGAACUCACGCCACUCAACGGCAACAGGAACAGCACCGACCAGUGGAGCACGCUCGAUUAACGGACGGGCUGGCGGACGCAAGCUAUCCACAUCGAACAACAACAACAACAACGAAGCGAAGGACGAAGAAGCCACCGCUGCCGGCAGUAAUGGUGGUGGUGCCGGCGGCGAGGGAGAGAACGGUGAUCAGCAAGCCGGAGGCCAGGAAGAAGAGCGCAAGUUCCAGCCCAACAACCAUAUUGAAGCUGAGCUGGUCGACAUUCUAGAACGUGAUAUUUUACAAAAGGAUCCCAAAGUAAGAUGGAGCGACAUUGCCGAUCUCCAUGACGCUAAGCGGUUACUGGAGGAGGCCGUUGUGCUGCCCAUGCUCAUGCCGGACUACUUUAAGGGCAUCCGGCGACCUUGGAAAGGUGUUCUAAUGGUGGGUCCUCCUGGAACCGGCAAAACCAUGCUUGCCAAGGCGGUGGCCACCGAAUGCGGUACGACCUUUUUCAACGUAAGCUCCGCCACACUGACCUCCAAAUACCGCGGUGAAUCGGAAAAAAUGGUGCGACUACUUUUCGAGAUGGCUCGUUUCUAUGCGCCCAGCACAAUCUUCAUUGACGAGAUCGACUCGCUGUGCUCGCGCCGUGGAUCGGAAUCGGAGCACGAGGCCUCCCGCCGCGUCAAGUCAGAGCUAUUGGUCCAGAUGGACGGCGUAGGCGGUGGCGAGGAGCAGGCUAAAGUGGUAAUGGUGCUGGCCGCCACCAACUUCCCCUGGGACAUCGAUGAAGCACUGCGGCGUCGAUUAGAAAAGCGCAUAUAUAUCCCGCUGCCUUCGGACGAAGGACGCGAAGCGCUGCUGAAAAUCAAUCUACGCGAAGUAAAAGUAGAUGAGAGCGUUGAUCUCACCUAUGUUGCUAACGAGCUGAAGGGCUAUUCUGGAGCGGACAUCACUAAUGUGUGCAGAGAGGCCAGCAUGAUGUCGAUGCGGCGGAAGAUCGCUGGACUCACGCCCGAGCAGAUCCGACAACUGGCCACCGAGGAGGUGGACUUGCCCGUCUCCAACAAAGAUUUCAACGAGGCCAUGAGUCGCUGCAAUAAGAGCGUGUCCCGGGCGGAUCUUGAUAAGUACGAGAAGUGGAUGAAGGAGUUUGGCUCCUCAUGAUGCCACUGCGCCCGCAAGUCUGGCUAGCAAUCGUAGGAAUAUAUAUUUUUGAAUACCCUUAAAUACGCGUUUAAGUCUCUAGGCUUUUAAAGUGGAUACAGCAACCGAUCUAAAAUGGCCGGAAGAAGAGUUGAACAUAUUUUAUAUAUAACAUUUUGCAUAUACACACGGUACAAUCUAUAUAUUUACAUAUAUAAAUUGGGGCGCGGACGCCUUUGGAAUAAUAAAAGACUAACCGUUCUCUAAGAGGAAA